AUGGAGCCCCCUGACCUCGGCUUCCUUGCAGCCUCCAACUCCCACAGCCCCAGGGGCCCUUGCCCUAACCCAGAGGAAGCAGGGGAGGGGGUUAGGUGUGGGAUUCCAUUCUUUCUUCUGCCCAAGGGCCAGGCUCUGCCAAAGGGUGAUGAGUGUGGCCUCACUGGGGAAGAAGAAAGGACAGGAACACUGAAGCAGCAGGACAAUUUCAUCUGUGUUUACUUCCUCACAAUUGGAAAUCUCUUCCACACCCCUCCCCUCGACUGGGAGAAGCACCUGGAGGACAGCCUGGGCAGGAGGGCAGGGAGCAGGGCUGCAGGCCUGGGCUGGGCACCUGACUUUGUGUGGGCCCCCUCAGUCCUUGUGAAGCAGGGCACCUGCGAGGUGGUCGCUGCUCAUCGCUGCUGCAACCAGAACCGUGUUGAGGAGCGCUCCCGGACUGUCAAAUGCUCUUGCUUUUCUGGCCAGGUGGCAGGCACCACACGGGCAAGGCCCUCCUGCAUGGAAGCCUCCAUCAUCCUGCAGAAGUGGUGGUGUCACAUGGAGCCCUGCAUGCCUGGGGAGGACUGUAAAGUGCUCCCGGACCUGUCGGGGUGGAGCUGCAGCAGCAGACACAAAGUCAAAACCACCAAGGUUACACGAUAGCUCUUGGGGUCAUGGCCCGGACAGGACAGCUUGCCUCAGCCAUGGACUAUGGAGCGCCAAGAAGGGUAUCCAGUUAAAGCCAGCAAACAUGGAGACUCACUUACCCAGACACACGCCUCUGCAAAGUGGAGCAUCACUGUUUCCAGGGCCAUUUCAGUUGAGCUGCUCAGUGGAUAUGGACAGCUGUCCAGCCACAUACCUAGUGUUGUGCUGGGUUCUCCUGGGUGACACAGAAGGUCAAGAUACAAUUCCUGCCCUUAAGGAAUGUCCAGUCAAGUUGGAGAGUCGAUGAAGAUAGUUUAGAUUAAAGCGUGUGAUGCCAGACUGUGGCUCUGGUCAUAUGCUCUGGGCAUUUGGGGAUUUGAAGAUGAGACCCUCACAGCUCUUCAGCUACUCUCUGGCCAUGGUACAAAGACAAGAGGUCACAUUCACUUCUCACUGCUCUGUCUUUCGCUUCAAUCUGGAACCCAGCAAGCUGCUAACGUGUUGAAGGAGAACAGUUGCUCUUAUGUCAGACCAGCUGCAUCUCAUUUGGAUGGGACUGGAUUAACCUGGGGAAGGAAAGUGCAGAUGAAACCAAACAAUUUCCCAGAGAAGUUUCUGCAGAGGCGUGGACUGGUUUGGGCUAUUUAUUGGGUACAGGAUGGAUGGACCUUCAGAUCACCCCCAUCCAAGCACCUCAGGUUUGUCUUUUGUUUGUUUGUUUGCUUGUUUUAACAGCUGAGGAAACAGAGUCCCAGAGAGGUGAGGUGAUUUGCCUAAGGUCUCACAACCUGGGCUCCCAGGUCUCUCAAACUGCUAACCUUUCACUUUGCCUGGAUAUGGGAUUGCAGCCUGGGCUUUCCAUGUUGUUUUUAUUUCAAGAACAGGAACCUGCAAAGAACUUGCUGGACAGCAGCAACAUUUUUCUCAGGAGGUGCUAGAACAGGAACUCCUACCAAGGUCACUGUUUUCCUAGCUGAAAUAAUCCAGAAUACAUGGACACCGGGAUGUGAGGCCACUGGGUCUCCACUUUGCCCCAAAAAAUUCCAAACAGGCUCGUGGCAGCCCAGAGGUCACUCAGCCCAUUGCCAUGGCUGGGCACUCUGAGCUAGCAGCCCCACUGUGUGCUGUGGCCCAGCUCUUCCAGAGUCCUUAUGCUGUAAUUCCAGAGGCUCUGGCUCCAAGAGAGGGUCCAGGGCUGGUCAGGGUCCACUGCCUUCAAAGGCCCUACUGGGCAGGAGAGGAAUCCCUACUGGGCUGGAUUGACCUCUGUCCAGGAUUGAGGGUUGGUACAUUCAGGCUGACACACAGGCUUCAAGGACUCAGAGACAUGGGCUAUUUGGAUACCUCAUCAGUAAGGGAAUUACAGCCUCAGCGACAGCUGGAACCAGCUAUUGUCUUGCCAAUGGGUUUCAGCCCUGGGCAAGUUCACUAUGGAUUCAAUGUGACCAAAGAAAUUGACAGCAAAACAUUCUUGGGGUGAAAGGGUUAUACCCAACUUUAUUUCCAGG